AUGAUGCCCGAGGAACAAGGUUUGGUGCUGACGUUUAAGCCACAUCCAUCAGCUGCAUUGUCUUCACAAUCUGCUGGAAAGUGGGCUCGACAACUUCAAGACUUCAAGAUGGUUCGCUACGCUGCCGCCGCCCUCGCCACUAACCCCGAAAAAACCUCCCGCGCUCGCGGCGAAUACCUUCGAACCCACUUCAAGAAUAUGCGUGAAGUUGCGGCUGCCCUCUCGGGGCUGAAGCUCACGAAAGCUUACGCAUACCUCGGCGAUGUCAAGGACCACAAGCGGGUCAUUCCCUUCCGGCGAUUCUCUGGUGGUGUUGGACGGGCAAGCCAGGCUAAGGAGUUCAAGGCCACGCAAGGUCGUUGGCCCGAGAAGUCCAUCAAGUUCAUCACCCGCCUGCUGAAGAACGCUGAAUCCAACGCCGACGCCAAAAACAUUGACCUCGAGGAUCUAUAUAUCAAAAAUAUCGUUGUUGAGCAGGCUCCCAAAACCCGUCGCCGCACGUACCGCGCUCACGGUCGCAUCAACCCCUACCAGGGCCAUCCCUGCCAUGUGGAGAUUAUCCUGAGUGCCAGCGACACCGAGGUCGAGAAGGCCACAGAGGCACCCUCGCAUGCACUUUCACUUACGGGCCUUAACCGACGACAGGUAGCGAGAAGGCGGAUUGAGGCUGCCCGUGCUUGA